CCUCAUGCUACAGUGCUCAUCAAUAAUACGAACCGCAGAAAGGAAGAAGAGAUUGAGGCUCAUAAAAAGGAAAAUAUAAAGCUUUUGGAGACGAUUCGAGAUCAGAAAGAAGAUCUACUUAGAGCUAGAGAAAAUGAAACAAAGUUGAAAGAAACAAUAGAGGAACUGGGGAAGGAAUGUACUGAACUGAGGGAAAAGGGCAAUCAGUUUAAGGACACUCUGGCAGUAAAGUCGAACGAAUUGGGAGAAACACGAGAGCAGUUAAAAGCUUUGCAAGACCAAUUUGAGUACAAGGAAAAAGCUUUAAGGGAUUCCGAAGAGGAAUUGAGAUUGAACGAAAGGACUUUAAGGGAAUCCGAAGAAGAAUUAAGAAACCUGAAGGAAGACCUCGAUGAAGAAUUGAAUCUACAAGUGCAGAGACUGAAUAAGUCCGAAGAAAACGUUAAAAGGUUGUACAAUGUGAACCACAGUAUAACUAUGGAACUUUCGGAAAAAGAAGAGGAAAUAAAAAGGUUAACUACGGAGCUGGAAAUGGUACUACAAAGACCAGAUGAGGAAGAACGGACAGACCUGUAUGAAGAAGUUGACCAACAAAUGCAUGCACGUCUAAGACUAAAACAGGAAUUGGAUAAAGAGAUUGAGGAUCAUAAACGUGACAAAACAGAGCUUUUAGAGAAGAUACGAUGUCAGGAAGAAGAAAUACGAAAAUACAGGGAAAAGAAAAGAAGACUUAAAGAGAUCAUCGAUGGACUGAAGACGGAGUGUACUGAGCUGAGGAACAGCGUUCCAAAUGUCCAUGUUAUUUUGGUAGAAAAGGAAAACGAACUGAGAGAAAAACGACAGCAAUUAAAAAAAUUACAAGCAACAAUUAAAUCCAAAGAAAACACGGUGAAAGAACUGGAAGAAGAAUUAAGAGAGAAAAGUAGAAUUAUAUCAGAAUUGGAAUUGAAAAAAUCGCAAGAUGAAACUGUUCAAAAGUUGAUGGAUAAAAAUUCGAGGCAGGAAGAAACCAUUCAACAGCUUCAGGAGAAUUUGAGGAGAUAUUUCAGAUUCCGACAUGAAAAUUCAGAGACAACGGAACCGAAUCAAAGAUACAUGGUAGGAAAGACCAACAAACAGGACGAAUAUUGUUGCUUACAUAGAUGGCACAACUGUUCACAUGUGUCCCUUGAAAUACCUACAGGAACAUAUAUAAGUAUUCACCCUUCUCACACAACGUCGAUUCCCACAGUCGUGAAUUCUCUGUGGGAGGAUAUCAAGCUUCUACAUGAAAUCCCAACUGAGAGUAUUCCUUUAUUCGGUCUUAAUGUGGACGCUAUUGAUAAAUGGUUAUAUACCAUUGAUAUAAACCAUGGACAGUGGAGUAAAGAUUAUAGGGUGAUAGCAACUGCUCUCACAAAAGGAUCCGAGUUUUUUGAGAGUCACUUUGCAGCUUUCAUUGAUAGACAAUAUCAAAUCGCAACUAUCACUAUUGCAUCAAUAGACUAUGCAAAGCAGGUACAUUCAUUGACGACUUAGUAAUGACUCAAGAACGCAGCUUGAAGAUUUUAAUAAAUCAGCAAACGGAAAUACGACCUGAUUGCAUUACAAAUGACCACCAUGUAAAGAAUUAGCUGCGUUUUUAUCAUAUGUAUAUUAUUUUAUGCUGAUGAUACUGUUUCCAAAAGAGGACUGGUUCAAAAGAAGUGCUGUUAUAAAUAGAGAGAAAUUUCGAACGAUUAAGUGUACAUUCACAUUGUUUUAAUACAAAGGUUAUGAUAUUUCAAAAAUAAGGUAUAUUAUAAGUAUCUUCCAUGGCCGAGAGUGUAAGAUAGGUUCAUUCCGACCCGAGCGUAGGGUGUUUUGCGGAAACGAGGUUUACCGAGUUUCCGCAAAACACCCUGCGCGAGGAUCUGGAUGAAACCAUCUGACACGAGCGGCUAUGGUAUAUGCUUUUCUCCCACUUCAGUUAAACAAAAUUAAUUAAAAAUGUAUUUUUUGCUGGAACUCUUUUAUGCUUAGUGAAAAUAAUUGCAUAUGGAUAUGCGAUAGCAUGUGGUUGUCAUGGAUACGCGCGCAGUGAUCCAGUUUAUAGUUCUAAGGAAAAAGAAGCAUUAUUUCUUGAAUUGUGCGUGAAAACUGUUUGAUGGUGACAUUUGAAGCGAGAAAUAAUUAAUUGGCGUUCUAAAUAUUACCAUAAGACAAGAUUUCAAUCUUCAACAAGGGAGGUUAUUAUAAUGUGGUAACCGUUAAAAAGGAGUUCCAUAAUGGCAUUUUUUCUUCGACCGUGGGCAAGAUAAGAAUAUCUAGCAUGGUUAAAUUAUUGGAUCUACUUAUUUGAGGUGGAAGAAAAAGGGGGAAUAAUAUUUUGGGUAUUUAGUUCAUGAACUAGAGAUUGGUUGACAAGUUUACAUCACAUUGAAAUUUAUUAAGACCUGAUUUUUUUGAUAAGUACGUUUUAUACAUUAUCUUGACAUGCUUUGAAUGGAAUAUGUAAACUUAGACAUUGUCAAUUGUCAACAAUGUCUGUGAAACAUAGAUAAGAUAAGUUAAACUUUAUAUAUGUUGUUUUAAGUUACGGCUCUGAAGUAAGGGGUAUUUUUAAAAUUAAGCAAAUAGAAAAAAUCAUUAUUGUUGUUUUAAAAAGUAGAAUAAGGGGUAAGAACACACACUCAAGAUAAUUUUGCAGAAUCUGAUUGUUUAAUAAACGUUAUGUUAAUGUUAUUAGAUAUUUCAUUAAAACAGUUGAUAUGCAAACUAUAAAACAUAACAAAAUUGAAGAUUAUAUGAUAAAAUG